CAUCCCGCAAGCAAUCACAGCAUAUAGACAGAAGGUCAUCUCUCUUUCACGGCUUUUCACACUGCAAGAGAUCUUUCCAUCGUUUGUUCCAUCUUUCACCUCCAAACUCCUAUAUAACAGAGAGCCUUCGUUACACCGCCUUCGAAGAACUCCCUUCUCCAUCAUCUCCAUCAUCUCCAUCUUCUUCUCUUCACACACAACAAGACACAUCACAUUCACAAUGUCUUUCUCUACUCGAAGCAUGCUGCGCGCCUCCCGCGUCGCCAACUUCUCCGCCGUUUCUCGUGUUGCCGCCCCCAGCAACGCCGUCCGCUUCUUCUCUGCCACCCGCGCCGUCCGCGUGUCUGACACCGCCAACAAGAAGAGCGUCGUCCGCGAGAAGGAGGUUCCCGUCACCGUCUACGGCGCUGGCGAGGGCGCCCACCAGACUCUGCAGGUCCCUGAUGGCGCCGCCAAGGUGCCCUACGACAGCCCCGUCCCCGCCGAGCGCGAGGAGGUUGAGCCCCUGAACAAGAAGGUCUACGACCAGCUCCCCCACACCGUCAAGAGCAUGACCGUCCAGGACAAGGUCAUCAUCAUCACCGGUGGUGCCCGAGGCCUCGGCAACCACAUGGCCCGCGCCUGCGCCGAGGCCGGUGCCAAGGCCAUCAUCAUCUUCGAUGCCAACCAGGAGCUCGGAGACGCCUCCGCUGCUGAGCUGCACCAGAAGUCUGGUCUGCCCGUCUCCUUCUUCAAGGUCGACGUCCGUGACGGCGCUGCUAUCAACGCCGCCGUCGACUCUGUUGUCGAGAUCUACGGCGCCCCUGACGUCCUCGUCAACGCCGCCGGUAUUGCCGACUCCAACAUCAAGGCUGAGACCUACGACCCCGCCAUGUUCCGUCGUCUCAUCGACAUCAACCUGACUGGUUCCUUCCUGAUGGCACAGUCCGUCGGCCGCGCCAUGAUGGCUGCUGGCAAGCCUGGCAGUUUGAUCCUGGUUGCCUCCAUGUCUGGUUCCAUCGUCAACUACCCUCAGGAGCAGAGCUGCUACAACGCCUCCAAGGCCGGUGUCAUCCAGUUCGCCAAGUCCAUCGCUGCUGAGUGGGCCAAGUACAAGAUCCGUGUCAACUGCAUCUCCCCCGGCUACAUGGACACUGCCCUCAACCGUGUCCCCGCCCUUGAGGCCCAGAAGAAGAUCUGGAAGUCCCUGACUCCUCAGGACCGUCUCGGUGCUGUUGACGAGCUCAACGGUCUCUGCGUCUUCCUUGCUUCCGACUCCUCCAGCUUCAUGACUGGCUCCAACGUCAUCAUUGACGGUGGUUACUCUUGCUACUAAAGAGCGAAAACUCCUCUUUUUAGCAUGGACACAUCAUAUUUCACAACACAUUAAUAUCAUCACGGAAGCGACACCGUCCUAACGCCUCGAGGCUUGGACAUCGGAGUUUUGGGAGAUAUCGAUGCAUGAAAUUUGCAGUCGAUUUUGAGGAUAGCUUUAAAAAUGGGGGUUUGGUUGGCCUUUGAGCCACUGCAUGAUCAUGAAGUUUUUUAUUAUCGCGAGAGUUGCAUCGCAGUUUUUUUUACUAUUCUGAUUUUCACUUGUUUGGAGUUCUUUGGGUCUGCUGUCUGCUGGUCGGGGUAUACAGAGCCAGACGAGCAUAGAGGGAAUUAGACGUCGAGUUCAAUGACGAAGAUUAGAGAUAUUAGAUGAAAAUCUGGUAUGCCAAAAAGGCAAAUCAAUUAAUGAAGUGGCCUUGAGCUGUUACAAUCCAAAAGAC